AUUUUUACACAUGGUAACUUUAAUAAAGCUAUGUCAUUUUCCAGCUGUUGUUGUCGCAUGUCGCUUGUCAGUGUAAAACAGUUCGGAUUUCAAAAUAACGGCCAUGAUCCAGGGUUGUUGCGGAGUAUACGGAUGCGGAGAGUUAUAUUUUAACUAAAAUAAACAAAGAGAAAAUAAGAAAUGAUGUGUUUUAAUUAAAUUGAAACAAUAGACAGAUAAUGGAGCCCUCAAAAGAUGCAAUUGCCGUGCGAAUCACGCGUUUAAACCGAUUAAUAACUGGUAAAGUGACCAACGGAACUAAUAAAAUAAGCAAGAAAAUAGAUCGUGAAACUUUGUUGGAUGCAUUAACCGUGUUAUACGAAGAAUGCAAUGAGGACCCCAUCAAGAAAGCUGAUGAGCUUGUUCGUAUAUUUGUGGAUAAAUAUCGUUGUGCCUUGGCAGAACUACGUAGCGUUCGUAUCAGUAUAUCUGAUUUCGAGAUACUACAAACUAUUGGCCGGGGACAUUUCGGAGAAGUACAUAUGGUACGUGAAAAACAAACAGGAGAUGUGUAUGCCUUGAAAAGUGUUCGUAAAGAGCAAGCUCGCAAAAGGGUUACAGGAGCCGCAGAUGAGAGAGAUAUUCUAGCAACUGCAUCAGGACAGUGGAUUCCCAAAUUGCAAUAUGCAUUUCAGGACAACAGUAAUUUAUACCUGGUUAUGGAACUAUGUAAUGGUGGUGACUUGGCAAGUUUCCUGGCCCGCUGUAGUCACCCACUAUCAGAGAGAGAUGCAGCAUUCUAUGUAGCUGAAGUUGCACACGCCUUGAAGGCACUGCAUGGGAUGGGAUUUGUCCAUAGGGAUGUUAAACCAGCUAAUAUACUGAUAGAUAGAUGUGGCCACAUAAAACUAGGUGACUUUGGUUCUUGCGCCCGUCUCUCAGAGGGCGGGUGUGUGUCCGGAGGCACAGCUGACUACGUAGCCCCAGAGCUGUUGGCCGCCGCCGAUUGCGCAUCACACACACACACUGUGUGUAUGCAGUACUGCCACAUUACUACUGCGCUUUCUGCAUGUGAUUAUUGGUCCUUGGGGGUCAUAGCAUUCGAGCUAGUUACUCUCAAACGUCCGUUUUCGUCGAGCGACGAUGACUCCGUUGCGCAAGUUCUUAGCAAUAUACAAACGUACGAACGUGAUCCAUCCUCCGAGCCGCCAUUCGAUGCCUUACCAAAGGGUCCGUCGAGCGCAUGGCGCGGGUUGGUCUGUGGACUGUUGCGGGUGCAACCGGCGAGGAGAUACAACUACCUGGACACGCUUAGACACCCGGCGUUAGCGCAUAUUGCCUUGCACGCUGCUGCUAUACGAGAUCAGGCACCACCAUGGGUACCAAGCGUGCGUGGGCCAGAAGACGCGCGAUACUUGUCGUCUCCAGGACGGAUCACACCACCCGCGUCCACUGCGCCCUUCCGUACGCGACCGCCUUUUGCGGGACAGUUGCCGUUUGUUGGAUAUUCAUAUGUGGCACCAGAGGAGAGCGAGGAAACAAUUAGUAGUUUCACAACUUCCCACGAUUGUACCGCAAUUGAUUUGGCUACUUUUAAAUCAGCGGAAAAACUAGCAACCAUUCGCGCUAAGGAAAUCGCCUCGCUACAAAGUAAGCUAGCGGCAGCGGAGUGCGAGGCUCACGCGGCGGCGGAGCGCGCGCGCCGCGAGGCCGAGGGCGAGGCGGAGCGGCAGCGGGCGCGCCUGCAGGCCGACAUCACCGCGCUGGCGCUGCAGAACAAACGUCUGGAGCGUCAACUUGAAGUGGAAAAAGAAGAGCGAAUGGCACUAGAAAGGAGCAACCAAGAACUAAGCUCCGGUAUCAAAGAGCGCAGCAACGCUGAGAUCCGCGCUGUGAAAGCACAAGCGUCAGAACUGCAGAGUGAGAGAGAUCUACUAAGAGAAGACAUGGCUCGACUAGAAACAAGGGUGCGGGAACUGCAAGUGGAAUGCACCAAUGCUUUGGCGGCUGCGGAAACUGCAAGGUCGCAGCAUAAACAUUAUAAAGACAUUGUACAAAACGUUCAAGAUUUACGUCAUAGGUGGCUAACAGAAAUUAAUGUCCGACCUAUAGAUUCGCUAGCCAAAGAGCGAGCACUCCGUCGCCAAACGCUUAGUGGGAGCGAAUCGGAAGUCGCUCGAGCGGCGGCCGCUGAAGCAAGCGCGGCGCGGGAACUACGCGCACGUACCGCUGCUGAAGAGCGACUUGCUGUGGCCAAUGGGGAUGUGGACGCACUGCGGGUGGAGCUGGAACGCGCAAGAGAUAGCUUGGUGGCUGUGCAGGACUCAGCACGCGAGAAGGAUCGUUUGGUUGCAUCAACUAGUCAGCAUCUGCAUGAUGCGCAAACACAGCUGGCACAGGAGAAGAUGAAAAAUUCAUCACUGCAAGCACAAGUUCAGGAACUGGAGCGCGGUAUAGCUGCAGCGGCUCAGCGCGAGGCAGCGCUUGAAGAGCAAAGUAAUAGAACUGAAGUGAGGUUGCAGCAGCGGCUUGAAGCGGCUGAAGCGCGAGCGGCGUGCGCGCUGCAAGAUGACGCUAGGCAUAAGGAGAAGGUCACCACAUUAGAACAACUGGUUCGUCAAUUGGAACGCGAAGUGAGUGCUAUGGAGAAUCGUGCAUGCGUCAGAUGCAUAGCGCACGACGCAGCAACUGCUAACGCCAACAAAGUCAACAGCAACAACAUCAGCAGCAACAACAUCAGCAGCAACAACAUCAACAGCAACAAAGUCAACGACAACAACAACGCUGCGACAAACACGUCGGACUCGGAUAUUCGGUUGGAUUCAAGGAGCGAUACGGAGAGUGUUGCGGAUGCUCAUGUCAAUGUGCAAGUUACGGUGUUGAAGGAGCAAUUGGAACGGGCUGAAGCUCAGUUACAGGCACGUGCCGAUGAAUUAGCUGCUCUGCGUCAAGAAGCAAGAAGUGCGAAUCUCGCCAGGUGGCGAAAAGAAAAAGAAUUUAACGAUCUGUCAUUAGACGCUAAGGUCACAGCGCGGGAUCUUAAACGUGCUGAAGAAAGAAUAUCGACCUUAUCAGAAGGACGUAAGGUCGCUGAGGAAAAGGCGUCGAGACUUGAGAAGGAAAUAGCCACAUUGAAGCCUCAAUACGAGCAAACAAAGAAGGAAAUGGAGAGGUAUCAGGAGCAGUUGAACAAAUUGCAGAAAAAUUAUGAUGUGCUACAAGCUGAAGUAGACAGGUCUCGCAACGACAUCCGCAAGCUUCGCAGCGAAGUACAGUACAGUGAGAAGCGCAGAAUGCACGCGGAGGAACAAGAGGAGUUGUCGUCGCGGGAACGGGCGCAGUUGCGGGACGAACUGUCGCCGCUUAGAGCGCAGAAUAAUGAACUGCUGAUGAAUAAUAAAGCAUUGCAAGAAGCUUGUGGCUUACUGGAGGAACAGCUGACUGAUCUGGAGAAACUUGCAGACAUUCAUGAAAUGAAAAACAAAGAACUUGAGGGUGAGGUGCAGCGCAUGCGCAGCGAGCUAGACGCGUGCCGCGGGCGCGCGGCCGACGCGGAGCGGCUGAGCGCCGAGCGGGCAGCGAGCGCAGCGCGCGCCGCGCAGAGAGAGGACGAUGCGCAAGAGCGGCUGGCUGAUGCGCUUGCGCAGCUCGAUUGCUUGAAGGAUCGUUUGGAGAACCGGGAGGCUCUCGUAUCAGAGCUAGAAGGGCGCGUGGCGAACCUAGAGAGCGAAACUGCGGCUCAAAGCGCAGCACUCGCUUCAGCGGCGCGAAGACUUCGCGAUUUGCAAGAGGAGUGUUCGGCGUUGCGUACACGCGCAUUGCAUGAUCAUUCGCUAGCGUUGCGGUUGCAAGCCAGCCUAGCUGACCAACAGGAAGAAGCGUGUGCGUCCCGCGAGGCGCACGAAGCGGCGGCGGCUUGGUGGCGCACGCGGGAAACUAAAGCUGACGCUACUAUACGCCAACAGGCCAAACUCAUCGAUUUCCUGCAGGCAAAAGUAGAAGAGGCUGGGCGAAAGAAAUGUUCGUUAAGUAACAAGUUGUUUGGAAGGUCGGGCCGGCGGACAGCGGCAUCACCACCGCUUCUACGAGUUAACAGAGAAUUACGCGAAGAAGUAGAAAGGUUGCGCGCUAAACUGUCUGCUGCUAAUUUAUCUAAUCAUAGUAUUCCACCAACACCAAAGCGAGAAAGGUCUGGAAGCAAAGUCAAGAAACUGUCUAAUGGCCCCUUGAACUUCGAAUUAAGCGAUAAUGUGCCAGAGAAGGAUUCUUUAUUAGUUAUAUGGGCUGAUGGUACACGAGAGCGUAUGAUAGCGAAGUACAGUGACGGUGCGCUAGUGUUGAGUAACGAGCAACGCGAACUGCGGGCACAUCUAUAUGCUCAAGACGCUACCGACUUGCCACACAAUGAAGCCAACCGGGCGUUUAUGGUAAAACUAGAACAAUCAGCGCUUGGCACUCAAACAGUGACUGUAGUAUGUUCAAGCAUUCCCGACCGCAGCGAGUGGCUUUCGCGUCUCGCGUCACACGCAACACGAGUAACGGGAUACGUGCCUGAAACAUUGUUGUCGAGGGAAAAGCCGGCUGAUGCGGCCUUGUAUGUCGCGCCCAAUGCUGUUGCUAUCGGUUACCCCGACGGGCUGUACUCGCUCCGCGGUUCAGUAUCCAUAGAGUGGGAAGGCUGUCCGUCCCCCGCACUCGCGCCAGUAGCGCUACUGUCCUGCUGCGCUGGCCGAGCGCUGCUACUGGCUGAUGGAAGGCUGGCACACACUGGCCUGUUAGCGCUCGGCUCGGCGCUCAGGAGAGCCAAUAGCCUGAAACCGGCCUUACCUGUGCGCACGCUGCGCUUGAGUGACAAUACGAAGCCGCAUUUGAUUAAGGCAAUCUCAAGCGAUGCGAGCAACACGCACGGCAUCUGCGCGGCCAUAGCGUGCGGUCGCAAAGUGUACCUGUUGAAAUUCGACGCGGCUGACGCUGAGUUCAAAGCUAUUCGUUCUCUGACCGUCGACCGACCCCCCACUUCCCUCCUCCUAACACCCAAAGCCGUUUACAUCGCGGGAGAGAAACCUCUCAAAGUCAAUUUACCCUCAGGAGCCCUAGAAACAUACGGUAUGGAAGAGCCAGUCGUUGCUGCAGCUGCUAAAAAGCAUUCACCCCCUAAAGCAAUAGUUCUUAUAAAAGAAAAACCACUCGAAAUCCUCCUCUGUUACGCUGAAUGUGGUGUCUUUGUUGACGAAAAUGGCAAACGGUCUAGAAGCGAAGACCCCAAAUGGAGUUCAGCAGUGCACAGUUGGGAAUAUAUCAGUCCGUUCCUAUAUGCGGUGGGCGAAGACAGAGUUACCAUUAUUUAUCUCAGUGAAGAUGCGUACCGAGCCCCGCCCUGUACGUGCGACACGACAUCACUCGCGUCCACAGCAUCUGAAUGUUAUUCUGCCCCAGAAAUAUUCAAUUAUAAAGUUGACGAACCAUGUCUCUUAGGAAAAGCCCCAGGUGGAAUUAUAAUCCGGUCGAAAACAGAUUCCGGCUAUGGAGUCUCUAUCGUCGAAGGCAUGGCGGCAUUUAAAAGUAUCGGGGCGUCUCUAGAAUCUUUAGCGACCUUCUCUAAAGGGUCCUCGACGGAUUUAACUCAGUCACUCACAGAUCUGUCGCCACAAGAUGAUUCUCACGAAAGCGUAGAAGUUACCACGGGAUUCCUGGCCGAUAUCAGGAACAGAGCGAAACAAUUGCGCACCAAACAGAGAAAAGAAAUGCAAACUAUACAGUCUUCCGAUGAUAUAAUUAAGGAGAUAUUGACGACGGAAGUUGGGUUGAGACGGCCGUCGACCGGCAGGCGCUCGCCGGUUAUAUCAGAGUUUGAUUCAGAUUCUGAAUCUGACAGCGAAGAAGGGACAGGUUCAACCAAAAAUACACAAGAUGUAUGCGCAGAAAUAUUUACAAGACAGGUUCGAUUUCAAUAAUAAUUAGUGUUUUUAUUUUUAUUUUAUUUGAUAUUUUUAAUGCCACUAAACAUAAUAAUGUUCCAGUUAUUGUAACACCAAACACGGAUUAUCCGAAGAUAUCAAACAAUAUUUAAUGUGUCAUAAUUUGGAUAGUUUUGGACUGAAGGUAAACUGUUUGUAUGUAUUUCGAUACCUCCUACUUUUUUAGUCAUUAAUAAUAAUGUUAUAAUAAUUACGAUAUUUAUUUAGCUUUAACCAGUAGACGUAAGUUGUAAGAUUAAUUACAAUUAUGUAUGUACUUAAUAAUAAUUAUAUUAAUUUUGUAAACGUCUCGAUUUUAGGUUUUGGAUAAACUUUAUUCUUAAGUCAUGUUUUAGUUUUGACUAAAUUUUAAUUUAUUGAUUUUAAUUAAUAUUAAUACUUGCCUUUCGAAAUUCUCGAAUAUAUUGAUAUUUUUCUAACUAUUGUAUUAUUGAGUACUGUGAUUUGAUAAAAUAUUAUCUAAUGUGUUUAGAUAAGUCUUCAUUGUAUGUAAGUACGCAAGUGUCGUCUAUUAUUUGUAUUAUUAUUAUAACAAUAAAAGAGUAAUUUUUU